AUGGGGGAGACCGACGUGGGCGAUGCCGGGGUUCCGAUUGCGUACUGCGUGCUCCUGGCCGAGUUUGACGUCGACACCGGGUCCUGCUUACGUGCAAAGUACCCGUCGGCGCCGCCGCGGGUGGCGGAAGCCGCAGAUGUGGAGGGAAACAAGUUGUGCGGGGUCCUCGACGAGAGCGGCGUUGAAUUGGAGGGACGGACUCAUCGCUUGCAAUUGGAUGAGGACUAUUGCGCAAGUCACAUGCUUCCGGAUGGCGCCGAGAAACAAAUGAUUAGUAGGACUAUUUUUAUUGUCAAUAGAACCAAACCUGUGGACACGCAUCGCCUCCCCGUGUAUAGCUUCACGCUGCCGACGUCAACGCACCCGAGGGAAUUGGAAACGGGCCCCUUGUGCUUCAGGGAUGAGUGGGAAUGGACGCGGGACACGGCACCUGCGGAAGUCUUCAUCCCUGAGGAGUUAAAUUACAACCGGGCCACCGGGGAGGUGUGUGUUCGCCGCAAGGGUGCUGUGGUGUGGGGGCCCGUAACGGUCCAGGCGGCCGAUGAAUUUCAGGUGUGCCCUACUAUCCCCAAGAGAGUUGCUUCCUUUGCCCAGCAACUGCAGCAAAGGCUUGACCCCCACAACGCGGAGGUGGCAGGAGUGAGAGGUCCUCGUGAAAGCGAUAUGGCGCCUUUUGCGAAUAUUCCAUUGACGUCAUCCACAGUGUUUGCGGACUAUUCCUUCCUUGUACAUCAUGUCGGCUCGGCGUAUAAUGGCUUUUUGAUGCUGUCGACGCAAUUGGAGCCGUUGCUGAUCCCCAAGAAGGAGUCACAGCUAUCGUCAGGAGGAGGUGGAACAACGACGGCGGAAGAAGAAGGCGAACCGGCAAGUGAACCCUUGAAGAGCGCGGAAAUUUCACAUGCGCUGCCCCUCUACGGGCUGUGUGCGGUGGUGACGCGCAAGGAUUUCUCUGUUAGGCGUGGAGGUAUCAGUAAGAGUGUGGCUCUUUUAGGGCCCAAACUGGUGUGGCUGGAGUCCUUCUUUCCGCUCCUUGUCGAGACGGCACUGCACUGCUGCGACAUAAAGGGAAAAACAGAGGAGGCAAUUGAGCAGCAGAGGGUCCUGGUGGGGCGCUGCUUUGAAGCUGUUGAGGCUGCGACGUUGUGUUUGCGGCGCGGCAUUCGCGAAAUGCCAGGAAAUUCGUUGGAGCGUGAAGUUAUGCAUCUUUUCGCCACGAGUGGGAGACAGACGCAUGUCACAUGCGCGCUCUCUCCCUUUGGGUCAACGCACAACUUGCGCAUUCCCCUUUUUCCUGCGAUGUACGAUUUUGAUUUCUCGCGGUACGGUUUGGAGCAGAUGGUUGAGGUUUGCGGUGCAUCCUUCUGGACGUUGGUUAUGGCCAUAUUGCUAGAAAAACGCGUGGUGGUUCUCUCCCGACAAGGGCUGCCUAAUGAUGUCUGUGAGGCGGCGUUGUCGCUGGGCCUCAUUGGUAGCCUGCUGGACCCCAACUUCCUGACAACCAAGGUGUUUCCCUACACCUCCGUUAACGGGUUUCCCCACUUUAGCCAUGUCCCUGGCUACGUUGUUGGAACGCUCAACCCUAUUUUUGAGACGCAGCAAACCUGGUGGGAUGUUCUGUGUGACCUCGACAAUAGGUGCGUUCUGCUGUCGUCCGAGGCCAACAGCAGCGGCAGUAGCCCCAGCCACGGUGGUGGUGCUGGGAGCGCGGGUGGAAAAGCAGGCGGUUGGGCGGCCCAAGAUGCGCAGUUUGCUAGGAACAUUCUCAGUAGAGUCUACCGAAUGCGAGCCAUGCGGAAGCCGUCAUGUGAACGACAUCAAGCUGUUCGUCUGAUGGUGGAGGAGUAUCUUGCUUUGACUAUUAUGGUGGGCGAGGUGGACCGCCGCAUCCUCAGCCGCGUUAUACAAAAUAGCUUCUUCACACCAAAUUUAGCUCGUCUUCGGGCGCUGGUGCAAGGAGUGGCAAUUUUGCGUGGCGCGUUGGAGCGUUUCCUUCUUCCCGGUGAGGAUCCUUCGUUAGUUAUUGCCGUGGCCACUCUGCGUCGAGCCAGUAGCUGCGAUGAGAUGGAGUUGCUACAAACACUGAGCCGCCUUCUCAGCUACGUGUGCUCGUGUAAGGAGGUCAUCCUCCUGCUACGGCGCAUGCCGCUGGCUUUGGAGGGUCUAAAUCCGCUUGCGGCGCAGCUGCUACACACCUCGCCUCUGGUGCGCCAAGCUGCUCUGGAGCUGAUGCGCCGCGUGGAAGUCUUCCCGCCUGGCAGGGCUGCCAUUGCGGCGAUGAACAGCUUUCUGUGCAUGGUGUACGAGGCGGCGUCGCGGGAUGCAUGA